AUGAUAAAGAGAAGACUGAAUUUCAACGGAAGAACUGCGGGAAAUGCGGCGGCGAAGACUUCAUCAGUUUCUAAAGACGAAGAGGUGGAAUGGGAGAUGAGACCCGGCGGAAUGUUGGUGCAGAAAAGAAGUGAUAAUUCCGGAGUUUCUGCUCCCAAUGUUCGUGUUCGGGUGGCUUAUGGUGCAGUGCGGUUCGAGAUCUCGGUGAACUCUCGGGCAACUUUUGGUGAAUUGAAGAAGCUUCUGACGGGGGAGACAGGGUUAGAACCUGUUGAACAGAGACUAAUUUUCAGAGGAAAAGAAAGAGAAAAUGGGGAGUAUUUGGAUAUGUGGGGAGUCAAAGAGAGAUCAAAAGUCAUACUAAUCGAGGACCCAGAGAGCAGAGAGAGGAGACUCAUUGAGAUGCGUAGGAAAGUUAAGAUCCAAACCGCACAUCGCCUGAUCAAUGACCUGUCCAUGGAGCUUGAUAAGCUUGCCGAGCAGGUUUCUGCUAUUGAAAAGUCUAUUGGAAAUGGUAACAAAGUACCAGAAGUACAGAUCACCACAUUGAUUGAGAUGUUAAUGAGACAAGCCGUGAAGAUAGAUAGCAUUUCUGCAGAAGGAGAUGCAUGUGCUCGGAAAAAAUUACAGGUUUCUGCUAUUGAAAAGUCUAUUGGAAAUGGUAACAAAGUACCAGAAGUACAGAUCACCACAUUGAUUGAGAUGUUAAUGAGACAAGCCGUGAAGAUAGAUAGCAUUUCUGCAGAAGGAGAUGCAUGUGCUCGGAAAAAAUUACAGGCCAAGAGAGUGCAGAAGUGCGUCGAAACCCUAGAUGUGAUAAAGUUAUCGAAUGCUAAAGUAAAGCCGGCUGUCUGCCCGUCUCUCUUGCAAGUUGCAAGUAGUGAUGUGCUGUCUGUAUUCAAUUUAUGCUUAAAACUAGACUUGCUUGUUCGGGCCAAGAGAGUGCAGAAGUGCGUCGAAACCCUAGAUGUGAUAAAGUUAUCGAAUGCUAAAGUAAAGCCGUCGUGUUUUGAUAUGCACUCAAACUUCCCUGACAACCAACCCCCAGACCACUUCUCUCAGUUCACACUUUCCUCAUCAACCAUUUUUCAAGAAAACCCAAAGCCCUACAUUCUCAAGAAAUGCAUUGCUCUCUUGCUAACAUGUGCGUCCUCCAAAUACAAACUCAAGCAAAUCCAUUCCUUCUCCAUCAGACAUGGUGUCCCCUUAAACAACCCCGACUUGGGCAAACACUUGAUCUUCAAACUCGUAUCCCUCUCAGCACCAAUGUCAUAUGCCCACAAUAUAUUUUUUCAAAUCCAAAACCCAAAUGUUUUCACUUGGAAUACAAUGAUUAGAGGCUAUGCUGAGAGUGAAAACCCAAGUCCGGCCAUUGAUAUACACCAAGAAAUGCAUGGGAAUUCCAUCGAACCUGAUACACAUACAUACCCGUUUCUUCUAAAAGCCAUUGCUAAGCUAAUGGCUGUUAGAGAGGGUGAGAAGAUACAUUGCAUUACUUUAAGAAAUGGGUUUGAGUCAUUGAGUUUUGUGCAAAACACUUUGGUACAUGUGUAUGGUGCUUGUGGCCAUGCUGAAAGUGCAUACAAGUUGUUUGAGUUAAUGCCUGAGAGAAGUCUUGUGGCUUGGAAUUCUGUGAUUAAUGGGUUUGCUGUUAAUGGGAGGCCCAAUGAGACUUUGACCCUGUACCGGAAUAUGGGUUUGGAGGGUGUUCAACCUGAUGGGUUUACACUGGUUAGCUUGUUAACUGCUUGCGCUGAGCUUGGGGCGUUGGCAUUGGGUAGGAGGGCACAUGUGUACAUGUUGAAGUUGGGAUUGAAUGAGAAUUUGCAUGCUGCCAAUGCCCUUUUGGACCUGUAUGCGAAGUGUGGAAACAUUAGGGAGGCACAAAAGGUUUUUGAUGAAAUGGAGGACAGGAGUGUGGUGUCUUGGACUUCUUUGACUGUUGGAUUGGCUGUCAAUGGGUUUGGUAAGGAGGCACUUGAACUUUUCAGGGAGUUGGAGAGACAAGGGUUGGUUCCUACUGAAAUCACUUUUGUUGGGGUAUUGUAUGCUUGUAGUCAUUGUGGGAUGGUGGAUGAAGGGUUUGCUUACUUUGAAAGGAUGAAAGAGGAAUUUGGCAUUGUGCCUAAGAUUGAACAUUAUGGUUGCAUGGUUGACUUGUUGGGUAGAGCAGGCUUGGUGAAACGAGCAUAUGAGUUUGUUCAGAGCAUGCCAUUGCAGCCAAAUGCUGUGAUUUGGAGGACCUUACUAGGAGCAUGCACAAUACAUGGCCAUUUGGCUCUAGGGGAGGUUGCAAGAGCUCAACUUCAAAGAUUAGAGCCUAAGCAUAGUGGGGAUUUUGUUCUCCUUUCCAAUCUCUAUGCGUCUGAGAGACGUUGGCCAGAUGUGCAAAAUGUGAGAAGGACAAUGCUGAACGAAGGGGUAAGAAAAUUUCCAGGACAUAGCCUUGUUGAGUUAGGGAAUUGUAUGUAUGAAUUUGUCAUGGGAGAUAGAUCUCAUACUCAAAGUGAGGAUAUAUAUGCAAUGCUAGCAGAGAUGACAAGAUUGUUGAAAUUGGAAGGUUAUGUGCCUCAUACAUCAAAUGUGCUUGCAGACAUUGAGGAAGAGGAGAAGGAAACUGCUUUGACUUAUCAUAGUGAGAAGAUUGCAAUCGCAUUCAUGCUUAUCAAUACACCACCUGGGACCACAAUCAGAGUUGUGAAGAACUUGAGGGUGUGUGCGGAUUGCCACAUUGCAAUAAAACUCAUAUCGAAGGUUUUUGACCGAGAGAUUGUCGUGAGAGAUCGUAGUCGGUUUCACCAUUUUAGAGAUGGAACUUGUUCUUGUCGAGAUUAUUGGUAAAUGUCAACGAAUUUGGUAUAUUUUUGGAUCAAUUUAUGUAUUUUGCAUUCUUCAUUGUGCUGAGUUUGGAGUUUCUGUGGCAAUUGAUUGUGAGUUGACAAGUGAUAGAUAAAAAAGUGAG